UCUGGGACGGGACGUUAAAUCGCGGACUUGAAUUCUCGGCGAGAUUGGAGCGGCAUGGCGGACAAGCGGAAAUACAAGAAAACCGUAAGCAGGCGGCGAAUGCAUCUACCUUUAACCACAACCCCACAAUCAUUCCAGAAAGAGGAGAUCCGGCGGGAGAUUGCCCGGGAAUUCGAUCUGCCGGAGCGCAAAUCGAAGAUAGCCACCAUUCUAAAGCAGGAGGAUCAGGCGUACUGCAUCUGCCGCACCUCCGACUGCUCCAGGUUCAUGAUCGGCUGCGAUGGCUGCGAGGAGUGGUACCACGGCGACUGCAUCGGGAUCACCGAGAAGGAGGCCAAGCACAUCAAGCAGUACUACUGCCGCCGCUGCAAGAAGGAGAAUCCCGAGCUGCAGACCAUAUUCCGCCUGGUGGCCACCGAACGGGCGGCCGCCUCGAAUGCCGCCUCCACGAGUCUGAAUGCCCCGGGAUUGGGUCCGCCGGGUGCUCCUCCAGGUGCUCCAAUGGCCACCAACCUCCAGCCACCGCCGGUGGCCACCACAACCACAACGACCACUGCAGCGGCGACUGCAACAAUGAAGCGCAAGAACAGCAAUGCCCGCGAACCGAAGGCGGGCAAGCGAUGCGGCACCUGCGAGGGCUGCCGGCGUCCCAAUUGCAAUCAGUGCGACGCCUGCCGGGUGCGCGUGGGCCACAAGCCGCGCUGCAUAUUCCGCAACUGCGUGGCCCAGGCGACGGGCGGCAAGGAGGCGUCGGCGCCGCAGAAGAAGCGGGAGAAAGCCUCCGCCGCCGCCGCCGCCGCUUCGAAAGAUCGCAAGAUGAAGGCGAACCUGCGGGCGGCCAGUCCCGAGGUCUACCUCAAUCCCGAGCUGGAGGGGAUGCGCCAGUGCCACGGACCCGGCUGCUGCUGCCAGGCGAGGCCGCAGAGCAAGUACUGCAGCGACAAGUGCGGCUUUAAUUUAGCCACCAACAGGAUUUUUCAGGUUCUGCCGCAGCGCCUGCAGGAGUGGAACCUGACGCCCUGUCGCGCCGCCGAGGACACAAGGAAGCACCUAGAGAGCAUUCGCUCGAAGCAGUCCCUCGUGCGCUUCGCCCUCGCCGAGCUGGAGAAGCGCUCCGAGGAGCUGAACAUGGUGGUGGAGCGGGCCAAUCGCAGCUCCAUCGACACACUGAACCCGCACGACACCGGCGACAUGGAGGACGAGCAGAGCAUGUACUGCAUCACCUGCGGCCACGAGAUCCACUCGCGCACGGCCAUCAAGCACAUGGAGAAGUGCUUCAACAAGUACGAGUCGCAGGCGAGCUUCGGCAGCAUCUUCCAGACGCGCAUGGAGGGCAACAAUAUGUUCUGCGACUUCUACAACCCGGCAAGUAAGACGUAUUGUAAGCGGUUAAGGGUGCUGUGUCCCGAGCACAGCAAGGAUCCCAAGGUGAACGACACGGAUGUGUGUGGCUCGCCGCUGGUCAACCAGGACUUCGGUCCCACGGGCGAGUUUUGCCGGGCGCCGAAGAAGAACUGCUUCAAGCACUACGCGUGGGAGAAGAUACGGCGGGCGGAGAUCGAUCUGGAGCGUGUGCGCCAGUGGCUCAAGAUGGACGACCUGAUGGAGCAGGAGCGCAUGCUGCGACAGCAACUGACCUCGCGUGCCAAUCUGCUCGGCCUGAUGCUGCACUCCACCUACAAUCACGAGGUGAUGGACGAGCUGGUGCGCAAGCAGCAGGAGCAUCUGGCCGAGUUCGAGAAGCAAAAGCGGCGGCAGGCGCAUCAGCAGCAGCUGCAGGCGCAGCAGCAACUCUACCAGGAGAAGCAGCAACAGCAACAGCAGCAGCAACAGCAAUUGCUACUGCAGCAGCAACAGCAGCAGCAGCAGGCGCAGCUGCAGCAGCAAACUCAACUCAUCUACCUGCAGCGAAAGCCAUAGAUUUCCAUUCCUCUAAGCGUAGUUAAAGCAAGCAA